AUGAAGUUGGUGCGGUUUCUCAUGAACAUGCCCACCACCACCAACCAGCCGGUGACGGUGGAACUCAAAAACGGCACCCUGGUCAGCGGCCAGAUGGUGCUGUGCUCGCCGACGAUGAACCUCUCGAUGAAGAACAUCAAGGUGGUCCAACGCCACCACGACCCCCAGAUGCUCAAACACAUCAACAUCCGCGGCAACCAGAUCCGCCAGAUCCUCUUGCCCGACGACCUCAAUGUCGACGCCGUCCUCGCCAAAAGCGCCACCAAGAUCAAAGGGCUGGGGGCAGGUCCCGGGGCCAAACCCGUACGCAAACCGAUGCGGGGCAAGCGGGGGUUUUAA